CGCAUUUCCAUGGUUACCCUAUUGAUAUCAUACAACUAUACCCUGCACGUUUUUUGUACUUAGCACCAUAGUGCUUAACAAUGUUCGUCAUGAAGUACUACAAGUCUCUCUUCCUUUUGCCACUCCUCCAAGUCAGCCCUGUAAUCGCCGACUACAACGCCAAUGCUGAAGCCGCCAUCAAAACGCUCAAUAACAAGUGGUAUGACACAAACACAGGCCUAUGGAACAAACUUUGGUGGCAGUCAGGAAACAUGGUUACGACGAUAGCAAAUUUUGGCAUCCAUGAUAACAACUUCAAACAAACUGCAAAGGACAUCGUUGCCAACACUUACGCCAAAAGCGCCAACGCCCAGGGCCACCCCGGAUGGAAGAAUGACUACUACGACGAUGAGGGCUGGUGGGCUCUUGGUUGGAUCGCUAGCUACGACCUAACAAACGACGUCAAGUACCUCAACACCGCCAAGGACAUCUUCGAAGACAUGACAGGAGGCCACACCACACCCUGCGGUGGUGGCAUCUGGUGGGACAAGAAGAAGACCUCCAUUGCAGCCAUCUCCAACGAACUGUUUCUCUCUGUAGCCGCCCACCUCGCCAACCGUGUCUCAGGUAAUGACAAGCAAAACUACGUCAACUGGGCGAAAUCCGAGUGGGAGUGGUUCUACCACUCCGGCAUUAUCAAUAGCGAAAACGUGAUUAACGAUGGCAUCGACAAAGGCACAUGCAAGAAUGAUGGCAAAAAGGUCUACACCUACAACCAAGGCGUGAUCCUCGGAGGGCUCGCCGAACUCGCCAAAGCAACCGGAGACGGUGGCUACAUCGACAAUGCGAAGAAGAUUGCCAAUGGCGCGAUUAACAAGUUAACGAAGAACGGGAUUUUGACUGAGGACUCAAGUUCUCUGGAUGAGCAGGGCGCGCAGUUCAAAGGCGUGUUUGUGAGAGGGCUGAUAAGGCUCCACCAGCAGAGUCCGACACAAAGCUUUAGUACCUUUCUUAAGACGAACGCGGAUUCCCUUUGGUCGAAAGAUAAGACUGGUGAUGGCGUUCUUGGUCCCCUUUGGCAAGGUCCGGCCGCGAAUGCGAAUGCUGCAAGCCAUGCUGCGGGUAUUGAUUGUCUUGUCGCUGCCGCUCAGGCGUAG